AUGUUCCUCUAUAAGACCCUGUCACAGAGAGAAGAAGAUGAUGAGUUGGAGGAGUCCCAGAAAUCCUGGAUAGAAAGCACUUUCACCAAGAGGGAAUGUGUGUACAUACUUCCAGCCUCAAAAGACCCACACAGAUGCCUUCCAGGAUGUCAGAUCUGCCAGCAGCUGGUGCGGUGUUGCUGCGGGCGGCUGGUCCGGCAGCAUGCCGGGUUCACCGCCAGCCUGUCCAUGAAGUAUUCCGAUGUGAAACUGGGUGAGGACGACUCGUCUGCAGAGUUGGAGGAGUGGUCAGUGGACAGGCACACGGAGGAGAAGCCGACAGACGCUUACGGAAUCAUCAACUUCCAGGGGGGAUCCCAUUCCUACAGGGCCAAGUAUGUGCGACUCUCAUAUGACACAAAGCCAGAGAUGAUUCUUCGACUGAUGCUGAAAGAAUGGCAAAUGGAUCUUCCAAAAAUCGUCAUAUCUGUUCACGGCGGGACGCAGAACUUCGAUAUGCACCCCCGCAUCAAACAGGUGCUGGGGAAAGGCCUGAUCAAGGCUGCACUCACCACUGGAGCCUGGAUUCUGACUGGAGGCGUUAACACAGGUGUGGCCAAGCACGUCGGAGAUGCCUUGAAAGAACACUCAGCCAGAUCCACAAGGAAAAUUUGCACUGUUGGAAUCGCUCCGUGGGGGGUCGUGGAAAACAGGAACGACCUUAUAGGCAGAGAUGUGGUCGCUCCGUACCAAACGCUGCUGAACCCUCUGAGCAAACUCAACGUGCUGAACAACCUGCACUCCCAUUUCAUCCUGGUAGACGACGGGACAGUGGGAAAGUAUGGGGCAGAGGUCAAACUGAGGAGGGAACUGGAGAAACACAUUAAUCUGCAGAGAAUUCAUGCCCGAAUUGGACAGGGUGUUCCUGUGGUGGCUGUAAUCUUCGAGGGGGGGCCGAACGUGAUCCUGACUGUGCUGGAGUACCUGCAGGAGAGCCCCCCGGUCCCGGUGGUGGUGUGUGAGGGGACUGGGCGUGCCGCUGACAUUUUGGCUUUCGUUCACAAACAGACAGAGGAGGGGGGUCAACUUCCUGAGGGUGCGGAGGCAGAAAUCAUCGCGACGAUCAAAAAAACCUUCAACUUCAGUCACAGUGAUGCUCUCCACCUCUUCCAGGCUUUGAUGGAGUGCAUGAAAAACAAAGAACUGAUCACAGUCUUUCACAUCGGCUCAGAGGAUCAGCAGGACAUUGACGUGGCCAUACUCAGGGCGUUGUUGAAAGGCACCAAUGCAUCUGCGUUCGACCAGCUGGUCCUAACACUGGCCUGGGACAGAGUGGACAUCGCCAAAAACCAUGUGUUUAUUUAUGGCCAACAGCUGCUGGUGGGGUCUUUGGAGCAGGCCAUGCUGGAUGCACUGGUCAUGGACAGAGUGGACUUUGUCAAGCUGCUUAUAGAGAACGGUGUCAGCAUGCAUCGCUUUCUCACCAUCACACGACUGGAGGAACUCUAUAACACGAAACAAUCUCCGACUAAUCCAACCCUCUUUCACCUGGUCAGAGACGUCAAACAGGGGAACCUACCUCCCAACUAUAAAAUCACACUGAUUGAUGUGGGUCUGGUCAUUGAGUAUCUAAUGGGUGGAACUUACAGAUGCAACUACACUAGGAAACGCUUCAGAACUAUUUACAACAGUCUCCGUGGAAACAAUCGGCGCUCAGGGCGACACUCGUCGGGCGGGGCGCGCCUUCGCAAGAAUCCCGAGUCUUUCAGCAUCCAGGCCGACAAAAAGGAGAAAACACGCCACAAUCACUUCAUCAAAACGGCCCAGCCGUACAAACCCAAGCUGGAGUCUGCGACUGCCGAGUCUAAGAAGAAGAGUAAGGAAGUAGCCGUGGACAUCGACGACCCGGAGACGCGGCAUUUCCCGUACCCCUUUAACGAGCUGCUGGUUUGGGCAGUGCUGAUGAAGAGGCAGAAGAUGUCACUCUUCUUCUGGCAACACGGGGAGGAAUCCAUGGCCAAGGCUCUGGUUGCCUGCAAGCUCUGCCGCUCCAUGUGUUACGAGGCCAAGAAGAGCGACGUAGCAGACGACACGUCUGAAGAACUGAAAGAAUACUCAAAUGAGUUUGGCCAGUUGGCGGUGGAUUUGCUGGAACAGUCGUACAGACAGGACGAGACCAUGGCCAUGAAGCUGCUGACCUACGAACUGAAGAACUGGAGUAACUCCACCUGUCUCAAGCUAGCUGUCUCCUCCAGGCUACGCCCGUUUGUCGCCCACACCUGCACCCAGAUGCUCCUCUCCGACAUGUGGAUGGGACGACUCAACAUGCGCAAGAACUCCUGGUACAAGGUCAUUCUGGGUAUUCUCGUCCCCCCUGCGGUCCUGUUACUGGAGUACAAGACCAAGGCGGAAAUGUCCCAUAUUCCCCAGUCUCAGGACGCCCAUCAGAUGAGCAUGGACGACAGCGAACACAACCUGCAGCACCCGGCCGAGGACAUUCAGAUGGAUGUGUUUAAAGAGGUGCGGAUGAAUGAGAGCUGUGAGGUGAAGGGGGAGCUGGAGGUUCAGGUCUGGUCCAGGAGGUUACCCAUCACCAGGAAGUUCUACGCCUUCUACCACGCUCCCAUUGUCAAGUUCUGGUUCAACACGCUGGCGUACCUGGCCUUCCUCAUGCUCUACUCCUACGUGGUCCUGAUCAAACUGCCGCGGUUCCCGUCGCCGCAGGAAUGCAUCGUGGUCCUGUACAUCACCACCUCUGCCGUGGAGAAGGUCCGAGAGAUGUUCAUGUUUGAAGCUGGAAAGAUAAGUCAGAAGAUCAAAGUGUGGUUCAGCGACUAUUUCAACAUUUCCGACUUUGUUGCGAUCGUUACGUUUUUCAUUGGAUUUGGUCUGAGAUUUGGAGAAGACAAAGUGUUUAUUGCUGGAAGAACGCUGUACUGUUUGAAUAUCAUAUUUUGGUAUGUGCGACUCCUCGACAUUCUUGCCGUGAACCAGCAGGCUGGACUUUAUGUGAUGAUGAUCGGUAAAAUGGUGGCUAACAUGUUUUACAUAGUAGUAAUAAUGGUGGUGGUUCUACUGAGUUACGGAGUUCCGCGGAAAGCCAUUCUGUACCCAAACGAAGAGCCCUCCUGGACACUGGCCAAAGACGUGGUCUUUCAGCCGUACUGGAUGAUCUAUGGAGAAGUGUACGCGUAUGAAAUUGAUGUCUGUGCGAAUAACAGUGAUGAGAAUGUAAAGCCCCUCUGCACUACCGGGGUUUGGCUGGCUCCUCUCUUACAAGUCGUCUACCUCUUUUUCCAAUACAUUCUCAUGGUGAACCUCCUCAUUGCUUUCUUCAAUAACGUCUAUAUGCAAAUCAAGUCCAUCUCCAAUCUGGUGUGGAAAUAUCAGCGGUAUCAUUUUGUCAUGGCAUAUCACGAGAAGCCGAUUCUUCCUCCCCCCCUCAUCUUCCUCAACCACCUGGCGUCUCUGUUCUCCUGCAUCUGCAGGAAGAGGAAGAAAGACAGCUCCUCAUACGGGCCGAAACUCUUUCUGACGGAGGAGGAUCAGAAGAAACUGCAUGACUUUGAGGAGCAGUGCGUGGAGAUGUACUUCCACGAGAAAGAUGAUAAGUUUCAUUCAGGUAGUGAGGAGCGGAUCAGGGUUACCUCAGACAGGGUUGAAACCAUGUGUAUACAGCUGAAGGAGGUUGGGAACAGGGUUAACUUUAUAAAACGCUCUCUUCAUACGCUGGACUCCCAGAUCGGUCACCUGCAGGACCUGUCUGCUCUGACCGUGGACACUCUCAAAGCACUGACUGCCCAGAGGGCCUCCGAGGCCAGUAAGAUUCACAACAAAAUCUCCCGGGAGCUCAGCAUUUCCAAAAACCUGGCGCCCAACCCCACAGACAUCGGCCCUCAGUCCAAGUCCUCCGUGUUGCACGGCAGCAGCCUGGCGACCUACUUCCCCCCGGGGGCGGGAAACAUGGCCGACUCGCUGUUCGGAGGGGGGGGCCAGGACCCUUUCGGCCGGCGGCCGGGCCCGGAGUCGGCCGCGAGCCCGGACAGGAGGGCCGCACACACCCCAGAGGCUGGUCCCUCGAGCUGUGCCUUAAACUACAGUGCCACGCCCCCCCCGGAGCUGCGGCUCAGGAUUCACUCCCGUCCAGACAAGCACACAGAGUCCGGCCCCAGCAGCCUGCCGCACAACCCCCCCCCCACAGCCACGUUUUUCGUCAGCACCCCCUCCCAGCCCAACAGCUCCAGCCCCCCGGAGCUCUCCGAGGGCCCAGAGCAGGAGGAGCAGUCCCAGAGCUCCGCCGUGGAGUUCGGGGCUUUCGUCGGUAAGUACGAGGGCGGCGGUCGUGACGGAGGCGCGCCCUGCGUCUGUCCCGUCGUCAUUGUCACUCGAGCGUCCAGCGUCGCUCGGCCCUUUUCCCCGCCUGCUUCUGCCGAGAGAGAGUGUUACGUCAAUCACGCGUUUCGUGACGACGAGGGUAGUGUAGACGUCCCCUCAGCGGGGCUGGAAGCCCUCCACAGAAACGCCCCUCUCCCAGGCUGUGACCUGGCCCCUGCCGUCCUCCGUGGGAAACCCCACGGCCAAGCCUUUGCAGAGGGACUCUGUGAAAAAGCCCAGGCGCGGCCCGGGCGAAUAAAGCGCCAUAGAGAUAAUCAGGAAGAAAGCCCUGCUCACAGUCGACAGCUGAGUCCAUCCAAACGGAGCAAAGAACCGGGUCAAGCGCAAGGUCACCUGAGGGCGGUGAACUCAUACGCAGCAUUCACGGAGCUGGACAGGAAUACAGCACUGCUCCAUCCUGAAUCCACGCUGGGCAAGCGCAGUCGCACGUCUGCUGAAGACGUCCGUUUCCAUGACAAGCCCAGGGUGUCUGCUCUGCUGGAGAGGACGCAGGAGAAAUCGGGGCAGACCAGCAGUCUGAGCCUUGGAGGUGAUGCCCUAAACGCGGCCGGCCUGUACCCGAGCCGACACGCCCAGCUGGGUGCCAGGAAAGACUCCAUCGGAUCUCCCUUCAAACCCAUGGAGAGUUUCCAGUAUUCGGCCGUGGAACGUAAUAACCUGAUGAGGUUGUCCCAGAGUAUCCCGUUCACCCCUGUGCCUCCGAAAGGAGAGCCGGUGACUGUGUAUCGUUUGGAGGAGAGCUCUCCUAACACCAUUAAUAACAGCAUGUCGUCGUGGGCGCAGCACGGCCUCUGUGCCAAGAUCGAGUUCCUGAGUAAGGAGGAGAUGGGCGGCGGCCUGCGGAGAGCGCUCAAGGUCCUGUGCACCUGGUCAGAGUACGACAUCCUGAAGCCCGGUCACCAGUACAUUGUUAAGAGCUUCCUCCCUGAGGUCGUCCAGACCUGGCAAAGUAUUUACCAAGAGGACACUGUGCUUCAUCUGUGUCUCAGGGAGAUCCAGCAGCAGCGGGCUGCUCAGAAACUUACCUUUACCUUCAAUCAGAUGAGGCCCAAAACCAUUCCUUACUCUCCCAGGUUCCUGGAGGUGUUUCUGUUGUACUGUCACUCUGCGGGACAGUGGUUCGCUAUAGAGGAGUGCAUCACCGGAGAGUUCCGCAAAUUCAACAACAACAACGGAGAUGAAAUCGUCCCCACAAACCUGCUGGAGGAGACCAUGCUGGCCUUCAGUCACUGGUCUUAUGAAUACACCAGAGGAGAACUACUCGUCCUGGACCUUCAAGGUGUUGGAGAGAUUCUGACAGAUCCCUCUGUUAUCAAAAGUGGUGAAAAGGGGUCAUAUGAUAUGGUUUUUGGGCCGGCCAACCUAGGUGAUGAUGCAAUCAGAAACUUCAGAGCCAAACAUCACUGUAAUUCCUGCUGCCGCAAACUCAAACUUCCUGAUCUGAAGAGGAACGAUUACACGCCCGAUAAAGUUACUCUAAGCCAGGAUGACCCCGCCCCUCCCGGAGGCCCCGCCCCCCCAGGAGGCUCUGCCAAAGAGCAAAGGCAUUCUAUGCGCCUAAUGCUGUGAUUUCAUUGGCCAGUGGAGGAGAGAGAAGAAUAUUCAUCAUCAACACAACUGGAAUCUCAUCUCUGUUUUUGUAGAGCACGCUCGACAUGCAUCUGCGUGUUGUGGCUUUAUGUGAAGUCUACUCGUUAUUUGACUGAGAGAAAACACAGGGACGUUUGGAUGUUACGUUAUGAAUAUGAAGUUCAUUUGUCUGGCAAAUAGAACAAAAUUAAAAUUGUGUUUUAAAAUGUAUAUAUGGGGAGAGAUGGGGCAAUUUUUAUUUUUAAACUUUAUACAUGAAUAUAAAUAUAUACAGUGGCUAUAUAGGUGGUACAAUCUUUUUGUAUAUAGGGGUAAAAUAUUUAGUAUGAAUUAUGAGAAGUUGCCUUGUAUAAAAAAAAAGCAAUUUUAAGUGCAUUAUUUGUUUUGUGUUUUUUUGGUUACAGUAGGUUUUUGAAGGGAGGAGCUGCUCACAUUCAAAUGGCCAGAGAUUUGAUCUACGACAGAAUGUGAUCACGAGACUUUUUUUUUAAGCGUUUAAUGACGUGUAGAGAGCUCUGUGUUAUGGCUUUUUGUGGUUCAUAAUGAUAAAAACACAUGAAUAAAAUCCUGUAAAUUAUGGGCAGAUUGCAAUGCAACUGGAGUAAACUCCGUGUCAUUUUGAUGUGUCUGACACUGAGGCCAUAUGUCCACCAACACAACCGUGAAUUUCUAAUGUUACAAAGGUACUAUUGUCAUUUUUGUCAUGUAUGAGAAUUUUAAUCUGUUAUCUCAUCGAUACCGGUGUCUGGCACGAACCUCACAGAUUCAGAAACAAGAAUAUUUUAUGCUGGGGUGUUCAGUUGUGAAAUGUAAAGCUAUAUUACUGUAUACAUUUUAUACUGUAUAGCAUUUAAACUAAUAAAAGGCAA